UCGAGGAUUGGUUUUCGGUGAGGAAACUCGCGGUGGAAAAGGUAACAUUUUCGCGCUUGUGUGUGGAUUUUUCGUGCGGUGUGUCGAAGCAGGUGUCGAUGGAUUAGCAUUUGACCGAUUGCAGAAAGUUGCAUUGGCCGUUGAUUAGGAGUGCGCGCAGAGAGUGACGGAGCUGGUUUUUUCGGCACAGCAGUUGCAUGCAACUGCAUCAUUAAUUUCAUCAACUGUGCAGAAAAUCGGUUUAUGCUUGAGAAAGGAGCAAAAGACCCGCAAAUGUGCCAUCGGGCGUGACACGGCGGGGACUUUCUGAGCGGAAAGGACCAGACUAGGUCGUCUAUGGAUGGCCACGGCGGCACGCAGAGGAAGAAGCCGACGAGUUCCUCGCGAAUGUGAUGUCUUCCACGAGUAUGGAUAUUAGUGAAACCUUCCGGCCGGAGGAUUUGUCGAAAACGGACUUCUUCGACUUUGUCUCGGCAUCCACACCACAGAUGGGCAUCGGCGUGGGUGUGGACAGGCCUCCAGGUAUGGACACGAAUGGUGGCAGUGGUGAACACCCGCCCCUCCAAGGAUACGAUCAGUUCUGGGGCACCGACAAGGAUCCCAACAGACUGGAUCCAGCCAUUUUUGAGGACCUCAACCGUUUCUACUGGAAUCAGCAGGGCAGCAACAUGGCCAGCACGCCGAAUUCCAUCACUAACACAGACGGACAAAUCUACACCUUAACAGUAUUAAACAACUCGGAGUCGUGGCUGAAGAAGGAGCCCGCGCAGGACCCGGCAGCCGCGCAGCCGCUGGACCUGGACACCCUCCUCGGCAGCUUCCCGGGCUACAUAAAGUCCGAGUACUCGUACGAGGACAGCGGCUUCGGCACCGAAAAGACAGACGAUCUCCUCCUCCAGCAGCCCACGCAGCCAUCGGUCUCUGGUGCAGUUACCGUGAAUAGUACAAAUGGGGGCAACAGCGUCGUGACGGCGGCCUUCCAGAACAACAACAACGACUGGCAGAUGGCCGAUCACAACAACACAGAACAGGACUCGCCUGAAUCCCUGCUGCGGAGUGCGCUGCAAGGGAAGGGAUACGCUAAGGGACUGCAAGUCCAGAAUGGCAUUACAAUCAUCCAGGCUGGGAAUGUGACAAAGAGUGACGAGGAGCUGAGGAGAGCGCUGUUCUCUCCCGAUCAGGAGGCGAUCGGCUUUGCGGACUCCACGCUCGCCAAUCCCUUGUUCGAGGACUCGGCCGUGAGCUCGCCGCAGCAAACGGGCCCCAGCUCGUCAGGUGGCCACGUGGUGGAUGACAUGUUCCUCACGCUAGACUCCGCCUUCACGGACGACUUCGAGAAGCUGAAGCGAAUCGCGUCGGAGGUGCAGCAGUUCUGCACGACCACGGACAACUUCAGCGAGGUGAUCAUCGCCAGCAACACUGCCAUGCCCGCGGGGGCGCAGAAAGGCGCGCGCACGGGCGUCGUGGAGGUGUCCACGACCAGCCAGGCGCCCGCCACCACCACCACGAGUCCCGCGAAGCCCGCGAAAAAGUACAAACGCCUCCCGAGCGGCUCCACGGCCAGCCUCAACGCCUCGAGUCCGCCGGCGUGCAACGGACAGCGCAAGGAGCGCUCGCUGCACUACUGCAACAUCUGCUCCAAGGGCUUCAAGGACAAGUACUCUGUCAACGUGCACAUCCGCACGCACACCGGCGAGAAGCCCUUCGCCUGCUCGCUAUGCGGCAAGAGCUUCCGCCAGAAGGCCCACCUCGCCAAGCACUACCAGACGCACCUCGCGCAGAAGAACACCGGCGUCGUGAAGAACUCCAAGGCGGCCGCGGCCGCGGCGGCAGCCGCCGCGAACGGCGCCACCAUCAGAUAAGCCCC